UCAUCUACGCUUGCGGGAGCCGGCAUAUUCUGUGCAGGGAAGCGAUUUACAAUUUCUUUCCUGCCUUGCGUACCAAUAUCUUCCUUUCCAACUCUCUCUGUUGCUAGAGCUAAGGCAGUGAUGAACACAGCUGACUGCCUCUCUUUCGAUCUCCCUCUCUCUGUGUCUCUUCUCUCAUCCCUCGCUCUGUGUCCAUCAUGCAGAACAUAAGACAGGCUGCCACAGAGGCCUUUUGUCGCCUGGGUCUGAAACAAAAACAUACAGGUUACGAAGAGCUUACGAAUUUCAACGAUGUCCCAUGUGCUGUACGAACACUUCCCCCACAGUGGUACCACACAGUCCAGGUCAGGAGGAUAAGGUCAUUAAGAGCUCGGAGUAAUAGUGACCCACUCCAGGGGAAGAAUUUAGGUCAAGGACUGCAGUGGCAGAGAAAGGGACUGCCCUUCGGCACAGCAUCCUCUUACCUAAACCUUGAAAAAUUGGGAGAAGGUUCCUAUGCAACAGUUUAUAAGGGAAUUAGCAGGAUUAAUGGACAGCUAGUGGCUCUGAAGGUAAUAAGCAUGAAAGAAGAAGAGGGUGUGCCAUUCACUGCAAUCCGGGAAGCUUCUCUCCUGAAAGGUUUGAAACACGCAAACAUUGUCCUUCUGCACGACAUUAUCCAGACCAGAGAGACGUUAACGUUUGUUUUUGAAUACGUGCACACAGAUCUUUCACAAUAUAUGGCCCAGCAUCCAGGGGGGCUGCUUCCCUACAAUAUCAGGCUCUUCAUGUUUCAGCUGCUGAGAGGUCUGGCCUAUAUCCAUCACCAGCACAUCUUACACCGGGACCUAAAGCCGCAGAACCUUCUCAUCAGCUACCUAGGAGAGCUAAAGCUGGCUGACUUUGGUCUAGCCAGAGCCAAAUCCAUUCCAAGUCAGACAUAUUCUUCAGAAGUGGUGACUCUUUGGUACCGUCCACCGGAUGUGCUUCUGGGUGCCACAGAUUAUUCCUCGGACCUAGAUAUCUGGGGUGCUGGAUGCAUAUUUAUUGAAAUGCUUCAAGGAUACCCUGCUUUUUCUGGGGUUUCUGACAUAUCUGAACAACUUGAGAAGAUAUGGUCGGUAAUUGGGACACCGACAGAGGAUUCAUGGCAUGGAGUAUCACAACUGCCACACUACAAAACAGAAUGGGUCACGUUAUAUGAAAGUCAACCUUUUGGAAAUGUCUGGGACAGAUUAGGCAGAGUAAUGGGAGCUGAGGAUCUUACACAGAAGAUGCUGAAAGGUUCCCCUCGGGAAAGGAUCUCUGCUGAGGAUGCCCUUCUUCAUAAAUUCUUCAGUACUUUGCCAUGCCAGCUUCACCAACUGUCAGAUGUGCGGUCCAUAUUCACAGUGCCUGGACUAAGCCUCAAACCAGAAAUGCGUGACCUGUUCUUUUCACACCAGAAGAGCUCUCAACCACCUGCCCAUCACAAGCCUUGGUGAAUAUUACAGAGAUUAGGACAUUUGUCCCGCUCCGGAUGCAUCCUAUUGAAUGUACCAGUUCUCUUUCCAUGUUAGCUCAGCGUAACGAAACCUCCCCCCUCCUGUUGCCUUUUUAACAAAGAAGCCAUCGUGGAAUCAACUGGAAGAAUAUUGCACCUUAUAUACAAAUAAAUAGAAAGCCGAAUAUUGUUUUAACUGAGUGCCAAUGGGACAUCCAAAUAAUUGUUCUGCUUUCCAAAUGCAUUGCUGUUGAAUCUGGCACUAAAGUAAUUAAUAAAAUGGCUUCUCACAAAAGAAAAAAAAAAGAUCUAGUAGUGGUCUUUUAGCCACAUAUUAACAACGCUUCAUGAUAUUUAUUUGACCUCUGAUCGAUUCCCUAUGUAUAGGGAAAUUGUACCACAAAUAAAUAAAUAAGUUGGUUCUAGUUACCUUUGUAA